AUGAAGUCGAAACCGACACAUUACGUGGAUCCGCCGUUUAGGCCCUGGCCACCGCUUUCCCGCCAAGCGCAACCCAACUUCUACUUCCGCCCCUCGGACUCCAUGGAAUCGAGGAACUUCAAGACGUCGUCUUCGAAGGGCUCUAACUAUUCGGAUUUCUCCGCUAUGAGCGCUUACAGCAAUAAGUCACGCGAUUACUAUUUCCUGUCGCCCAGCUAUCGUUCUGCUGGUGCUCCCUCCCCCGGCGCUUACGUGGAUUCGUAUCUGAGUAGAGAUCGGCCGCGACAACUUCGUCACCCCAACCCAACGUCGCCUGCCGCCUGUCCAUGUAGCCGGUCGCGUUCUCUCGAGGAUGUUCGUACUGAAGUCGUCACUGAAUGGGAGGACGAUGAUGAGAAUGGAAACCGUAUUGUUGCGCCGGCAACGAAGUUUAAUCGAGCCUCAUACAAAACCAACACUUCCUUUCAAAAGCAAGGAUUCCUCACACGGCAUUCCAUGGAAAACCUGGUCGACAAAUCUCCACAAGUGCCACCGCCAAAACGGAUGUCCGCAUUCCAGACACAGAAUCGGAACGGCGGCCACCAGAAUGUGCCGCUGUCGCCGCAGAGCGGAGCGGGUGUGGGCAUCGGCGCGGAGGUGAACGGCUCAAGGCCCACGUUCAAACCCGUUACCGUGUUAGAAGACUUGCAAGCGGUGCGGUGCGCCGAGUUCCAUCCGAACGGGAAACUGUACGCGGUCGGCUCGAACACCAAAACACUCAGGAUAUGCUCGUAUCCCAAAAUUGACGACGUCAAGGACAAUAGUGCACCGACGGCUCCUACUGUACUCCUCAAGCGCACAAAACACCAUAAGGGGAGCAUCUACUGUCUGGCGUGGAGCCCUGCUGGUGAUCUUCUAGCGACUGGCUCCAAUGACAAGACUGUUAAGUUGAUGCGAUUCAACAGUCACGCAUGUAAUUUAGAGGGACAAGAGGUGGAAUUGACUAUGCACGAUGGUACAGUCCGAGACGUGUGCUUUAUAGAGGACACUUCUAACAAGACCAGUCUGUUAGUUAGCGGCGGCGCUGGUGACUGCAAAAUAUACGUGACAGACUGCGCAACGGGAAAGACAUUCCAGGCAUUGAGUGGCCAUUCUGGCCAUGUCCUGUCGCUCUACAACUGGGGAGGUGCUAUGUUCGUUUCGGGGAGUCAGGACAAAACCGUCCGCUUCUGGGAUCUGCGCACCGGCGGCUGCGUGAACAUAAUCUCACCGCCCACCGGCCAGCCGAGCAAGGGCUCCGCGGUGGCGUCGCUCGCGGUCGACCCCAGCGGGCGGCUGCUGGUCUGCGGCCACGACGACGGCACGUGCGCGCUGCACGACGUGCGCGGCUCGCGAGCGCUGCAGCGCUUCACGCCGCACUCGGGCGACGUGCGCAGCGUGCGCUUUUCGCCGGGCGCCUACUACCUCCUCACCGCCGGCUACGACGGCCGCGUGGUGCUCACCGACCUGCAGGGUGACUUAACUUGCGCGCUGCCAAGCGUGCCAGUGGCCCGGCAUCCGGACAAAGUGAUAUCGGCAAGAUGGCACCCGGACGACUUCUCGUUCCUGUCGACGUCAGCGGACAAGACCGCCGUGCUGUGGACCAUACCGCCCGUC